CGGAGUUAUCGCUCUUCUACUUCCUGUUUUAGUUUGUUGCGAUUGAAGUUUAGCAAAUAUUGUAUCAGCAAAAUGGCAACAAAAAUGGACGUCGACACACCUGGCUCCAGCGUAAUAGCAUCCGCUGGGACAACAGGAAGCGUGUCUGUGUCCCUUCAUCCUUUGGUGAUCAUGAAUAUUUCCGAACACUGGACUAGAGUUCGGGCCCAGGAAGGCAAACCGACACAAGUUAUAGGGGCUUUGAUUGGUAAACAGAAGGGAAGAAAUAUUGAGGUGAUGAAUUCCUUCGAGCUUGUCUUUGAUGUCAUUGAAGAUGCUAUUAUAAUAAAUAUGGAUUACUACAACACUAAAGAAGAACAAUUUAAACAAGUGUUUAGUGACAUGGACUUCCUUGGAUGGUAUACAACUGGAGAUGGUCCGACUCAAUCUGAUAUCAGCGUACAUAAACAGGUGUGCCAGAUCAAUGAAAGUCCAAUCCUAAUGAAGAUGAACCCCCUUUCCAGACAAACUGAUCUUCCUGUUUCCAUAUAUGAAUCUGUAAUUGACCUGAUCAACAAUGAAGCUACCAUGCUCCUUGUUGAAUUGCAAUACACACUUGCCACUGAGGAAGCUGAGAGAAUAGGUGUAGAUCACGUGGCGAGAGUAACAGCCAUGGAUGCUGGGGACAGCUCUAACGUGGCUGAACACCUAGUGGCCCAACACAGUUCCAUUAAGAUGUUACACAGCCGUGUCAAGUUAAUCCUGGAGUACAUAAAGGCUGUACAGGCAGGAGAAGUACCCAAAAAUCAUGACAUACUAAGAGAUGCCUACAGCUUAUGUUAUAGACUACCGGUACUCAACACGGAUCGGUUUAAGGCCGACUUCUAUAAUCAAUGCAAUGAUGUAUGUCUAAUGGCCUACCUUGGAACGAUUACAAAAGGAUGUAAUACUAUCAACCAGUUUGUGAACAAAUUCAAUGUGAUGUAUGAUCGACAAGGGAUGGGACGCCGGAUGAGAGGACUGUUCUUCUGAAACAUAAAUUAUUUCUGAUUGUGAUGCCAUAUGACUGAAAUUAUAAUGAAAAAUUCACUGUGUGUAUGGAUAAACUGACAUUAGAAGCAAGUUCUGGACUGAUAAUGUCACAAAAUAUUCAGUGUCAUUUGAAAUUGACACUUGUGUGUACGAGUAUUGGAAAUGUCUUCAGUCAAUAUUACUGUCUUGCAACUAAUAAACGUGAAAAGGUCUGUUAAUGAAGAAAAGAAAAAUGUUUCCACAGUGUAUUUUGGAAAUGGGAUUAAAAUCUUUAUACUUGAUAGUGCUAUCAAAUCAUUUCUACAUGUAUGUCUCUAAAAAAUAAUGUCUAUCACAGUGCUUCUAAAAAAAUGAAAAACUUUAAAAAAAUUAAAAUCUUCUCUGUUUACAAUUUCAAAUAUAUGUUCAAAUUUGUGAUAUAUGUAAUGUGAACUCCGAUGUAAUAAGAAAAUGAUGCGUACAUAUUUAUCAGUAGUCAAAAGUUAAUGGAAGAUAUCAUUCAACCAUUUUCUGUUUCAUCAUCAAUGGUUGAAUUUGAAACCUUUAGUGUUUUCAUGAGGGCUAUUCCAGUAAAAUAUCUUGUUACCCAACAGGAGGACUCCAGAUUUGUCAAACAGGAACUACCAAAAGAAUGAUUUAACUCAAACCAUGCUAUAGGGUACUCUCCUGUGCCCAUCGUAUUAUUUACUUCCUCUUUGUGUUAUUAAAAGAUGAAUAGCCAAAAUUAAAUUGACUAUAUUACACAACACUCUCCUGUAUUGGUCAUUUAUUGAUUGGCAGUGGCGACUUUUGAAAUUAAAAUGGAAUCGGACCUGGAAAUAAAAUAUCUGGUGUACCUGCCAUGAUGUUCAGUAAAACAGCAAACAAGUACACUCUCACUGUAGUAGUAUGGACGUGUUGUGAGGACCACUGGACAGGUGUGAUCAAUUACUAAAAUAACUUGAUAUAACUUUAUUGGAAUUUUGUGAAAGAAUAUUAAAUAAUACAGAUAAGAC